AUGGAGGAAAAUUAUAUCGACACCACCGUAAGUAAAGUACCCGACUAUGAAAUAUCUGAAUUGGCUUUCGUGCUAUCGCAACCAACUUUAUCACAUUUACAUAAUGACUCCAAAUUAUCUUUACUAUCAAAAGUAGAAUCCUUACAUAUGGCCCCUUACUAUAAGUAUUUAACUGAUUCAUAUCUAAAAAAUGUUUUGGUUUUUGACGAUAACCUAUACCAAAAUUUGGUUAAUGAAAAUAAUAUUAAAAUUAAUGAAUUAAAGGAAAAUUUAAUUAAAAUUGAUAAAAACGAUGAAGGUGAGUUGGAACAAGCCCAAGCUUACAUCAAAUUAGGUGAAUACUAUGCCCAGAUUGGAGACAAAGAGAAUGCUAUAGAAAAUUUGGAAAUCGCUAUGUCAAAAGAAAUCUCAACAGGUGCAAAAAUCGAUAUAAUGUUGACAAUUACAAGAUUGGGCUUCUUUUAUAACGAUUAUAUCUUUGUAAAAGAAAAAUUAGACUUGAUCAACUCAAUGUUGGAAAAAGGUGGUGGUGAUUGGGAAAGAAGAAAUAGAUAUAAAACUUAUAAAGGUAUUUAUUGUAUGGCAACUAGGGACUUUGACGAAGCCGCUAAUUUAUUAGUAGAUUCUUUAGCUACUUUCACUUCAAAUGAGUUGAUCUCUUAUGAAAAUUUAGCAACUUAUGCUUCUGUAACAGGUCUAUUCGUUUUACAAAGAACUGAUUUAAAAUUAAAAAUUAUAGAUUCACCAGAAUUAUUAUCUUUAAUUUCUUCAAAUACUGCAUUACAAACAAUUUCUUCAUUAACAAUUUCAUUAUAUACUUGUGAUUAUUCAAGUUUUUUCCCAUUCUUAUUAGAGACUCAUGAAAAAGUAUUAUUGCCAUGUAAAUACUUAAACAAACAUGCGGAUUAUUUCAUGAGAAAAAUGAGAAGAAAAGUAUAUGAACAAUUAUUAGAAUCUUAUAAAACGUUAUCUUUGAAAUCAAUGGCGAGUGCUUUCGGUGUUUCUGUUGAAUUUUUGGAUAAUGAUUUAGGAAAAUUCAUUCCAAAUAAGCAAUUAAACUGUAUUAUUGACAGAGUAAAUGGUAUUGUUGACACAAAUAGACCUGAUAAUAAGAAUUCGCAAUAUCAUUUAUUAAUCAAACAAAGUGAUGGUCUAUUAACAAAAUUACAAAAAUAUGGAACUGCAGUUAAAUUAACAGGAUCAUCAGAAAGAGUAGCCUGA